AUGGGCUUCGCCGACGGCGAGUUCCUCGGCGUGGGCGCGCGAAGAUGCGCAGAUGGCAGCGCGAUUGUCGGCGGCGCGGCCGAUGAAUCCGCGUUCGCGGGGUACAAUCCGCCGUCGGGACAUCAACGGGAUGGGCAGUUGACAGCGGCGGAGCGACAAGCGGUCGCGGAUUAUCGGGCUGGGGCGCGGGCGGUUGCGGCGCCGCAACAAGUGGUGGUGCCGAUGUCGAGGGCGGCGACGGCUGGGGUGUCGGGGGAGGAGGAGAUCUCGGAGGCGGUGGAAGAGGAAGAGCCGCCGUGGGAUCCAGAGGAUCGGUUGCUGUCACUUCAUCGGUCGUAG